AUAAUCCAUCUCCCCUGUUGUACGAAACAAAGAAAUGCCCGUCACGUGACCAUAUCAAAGCUCCCAACGUAACAUCAGAAAAACGCGACUCACCUCCAACAUCCCAGAACAACGACAGCUCCAAUCCACCCACCAGACCUCAAAAAUGUCACUUCCACGCAGCCUGCGGGCAGCAGAAACGCUGCUGUCGCGCACAAAAGCACCCAUCCGCCCCCAACUCCGCACCCUCACCACCGCCCCGCAUCGACGACAACAACAAGCACCCAAACCACCCACCACCACCAACAGCAACAACAACACACCAGCUACACCAGCAAAGCAAGCUACCAAAAUCCUCUCCCCAACCCCAAACGCUCCCACCACGCAGAACAUCUCCAAAACCGGGCUCGCCGACAGACCGCUGGAGCUGGACACCCCCCCGGAGGAGAAGAUCGACUGGACGCGCUCCUUCCACGGGCUCUCGGCGGAACCGUUCCCCAAAGAAGCGGCCGACAUCCUCCUCGCCGAGACAGACCCGGAAGAAGUCGAGAUUAAGCCCGAUGGCAUCCUCUACCUGCCUGAGAUCAAGUACCGGCGGAUCUUGAAUCGCGCGUUUGGGCCCGGUGGCUGGGGGCUGGUGCCGCGCAGUGAGAGUAUCGUUACUCCGAAGACGGUCACAAGGGAGUAUGCUUUGGUUUGUAAUGGACGACUUGUUUCCGUUGCGCGCGGCGAACAGGACUACUUCUCGCCUGAUGGCAUUCCGACCGCGACGGAGGGCUGUCGGUCUAAUGCGCUGGUGCGGUGUUGCAAGGAUCUAGGCAUUGCGAGCGAGUUGUGGGAUCCACGCUGGAUCCGCAAGUACAAGGCGCAGUAUACGCGGGAGGUGUUUGUCGAGCAUGUGGUGAACAAGCGGAAGUCAAAGAUCUGGGUGAGGAAGGGUGAUGAUGUUUCGUACCCGUGGAAGGAGUUGAAGUGAGUGAAGUGAAGCAUGGUGUUUUACUGGGUGAGGUGAUAUCUUUUUGAGGCUCUGGGCUGUUUGUUGUUGUGAUACCCGUCACACUCUGUACUAUAGGUUUCUUAUGAUCAUUUGUAUUAUGAAAUAUCUCCAAUUUGUUCAGUCUGGGUGAUACUGGUAAACAGGAA